AAAGGGAAGAGCAGUAAAGCAUAUAGAAGAGUUGAGUGGGUGAGGAUGUUGGGGGUUUGGUGGAUAAAACGUAAUCGAGCAGAGGUGAUAGUGUUUCACAUCGAUGCUUCGGACACAUUGCUGUUACUAUCCUCGUCGUCUUCUCUUUCACCCCUGGCGUUAAGUGGAAGGCAAGUUCUCUGUGCGCAAGAUACGAGACCUUUACAGUGUCGGUCGGUCGGACCCCAUCAAUUGACAGCCGCAUUCAACGCCUGGUUGCUCUGCUGCUUCGGCUAGGUGAAAGCCUGUGUACGUUCGAGCCUGUCGAACUGGCACGACCAGAUCAUGUGACAAGAGAGCGCGUGGAAAAAUCAGUCGGCGCGCGAUCGUGGCUAAGGCAAGCUGCAUGCAGGCUUCCUCCCUCUCUUGCUCUCUCCUCCCGCUCAUCCUCAUCAGUGGCCGGGGACCCAGCUUCCGGAGACACGCGGCGUCGAACAUCAGCAGCGAGCGGGAACUUGACACAACUGCAACUGACCUUGCCAACCGGCAAGAUGAGAGUGACGUGUCGAGACGGAAGUUGGUGGAGCUGUCGCGGGAGUUCAAGAAGAAUACACCAGAGGAUAUUCGAAAGAUAGUUGCCCCACUGUUGAAGAGUUUCCAGGGUGAAGUGGACUCGCUGUCCAAAAGAAGCAAAGCUGCUGAAGCUGCCUUUCUGUCCGUCUACAAAAGGCUCAUAGACUUACCAGAUCCAGUACCUGUUCUUGAGCAAGCUGUUCAGGCACAAAAGCGAGCCCAGCGCGUGCAGGACCUGGAAAUCGAGAACAAACAGCUGCGGGAGACCUUGGACGACUACAACAACGAAUUCGCCGAGGUCAAGAAUCAAGAGGUGACUAUCAAGCAGCUUAAGGAAAAACUUCGGGAGUAUGAGGAAAAACUUGAAACAACAGCUGAGGCACGUGCCAAAGAAAAAGAACGAGAAUUACAAAGGCUUUUUGCCGAGAAGGAGCGACAACUCCAAGAAACGCAGCUAUCUGUGGCACGCAAGCUUGGGGAAGCUGAGCAGAAGAUCACAUCUCUGCAGUCUGCUUUGGAGAGUGUGCAGUCAGAAUUGUUUGAAGUGAAAUCCAAGUACGAUGAAGCCACGUCAGCAAAAUCGGAUGAAAUGGAUAUGGUGAUGGCAGACCUUGAACGGGCUAACGAGCGUGCAGCACUAGCAGAGCGAGAGGCUGAGCGCUUGCGUCAGCAGCUGACGUCCACAACACGGAGCCUGCAGCAAGCUGAGCAGAUGAGGCAGGCGCCAGACAUGGAGCAGGCCCUGGAGAUCCUGUCACGCUCCAACCUGCAGGUGGAGCUGGCCGCCAAAGAGAAGGAGGUUGCACAGUUGGUAGAGGAUGUACAGAGGCUACAAGCUGCCCUCAGCAAACUGCGAGAAACAAGUGCUGCUCAGAUUGCAAAACUUGAAGAAGAGCUGGCCAGUAAAAACAAAGCGUUCAGAGCUCUUGAAGAAAAAGUACGUUCACAAGAGGACUAUGAAGAGAUCAAGCGUGAACUGGGGGUGCUGAAGUCAAUUGAAUUUUCAGGAGGUUUUGAUGAUGAUGACAAGAGCCGUGGGCGGUCUCUUGAAGUUCUUCUUUUGGAGAAAAACAAAGCUUUACAGAAUGAAAACACACAGCUAAAGGUCUCUACCUCUGACCUCUCAGGCCCUGCAUCAGCAGCUUCGGCCGAGCCCUCGUCCUCCCUGUCACCUGCCGGCAGCCACAGCCAAGGUCCCACCAACGCUUUUGCUCAGAUGGUGGGUGAAGAACUUGUGAAGAAUUAUCAGCCUGAGAGCUCUUCUCGAUCAACCACGCCAGCGACUUCGACAGUCAGAACGCCACCUGACACUCCACUCUCACUCAACAACCACAUCUUGCCUCCCACACCGACGUCAGUUUCUGCUGCAGCAGCCGCAGCGUCGGCAGGUGUCUUGGACACGAGACAUUUUCCUGUGCCACCUCCUUCACCAUUUUACGGCUAUGCAGGCCUUCCUAGCCCAUUUCAUCCUGCCUUCAUGCCAGUGAACUUGGUGAAGGCAGAACUCAACAGUGCAGGUGCUCUGGACACAACAUAUGUGGCAAAGAACGUUCGUGAACUUUUGGCAAUUCACAACAUUGGACAGCGUUUGUUUGCCAAGCAUGUUCUAGGACUGUCACAGGGUACCGUAAGUGAACUUCUGUCAAAGCCAAAAUCCUGGGAUAAACUAACAGAGAAAGGUCGGGAAUCAUAUCGUAAGAUGCACGCCUGGGCAACUGAUGAUUCCAACAUCAUGGCUCUUAAGGCCAUAUCACCAAAGAAAGAGACCAGCCUGGGCAAUGGUAGCGGCUUUGUUUACACACAUGGAUCACAGUCACUUGUGGCCAACCCAAAUAAAGAAGACAGUGCCACAGAAGAUCGCAUAGCCAGCAUUCUUAAUGAAGCACAGCAGGCCAUGCAAGCAAAGAAGUCUGCCGAGCAGCAGCAAGUUGCCAAUGCUGUGGUCAACAGCAUCUAUCAGCUAGAGAUUUCACGAAUGGCAGCGGUUAACCCUCACUUCAUGGCCACACCUCUGAUUGCCCCCACCAGCCCACACCCCCACUCACUUCCUCACCUCCAUCACCACCCAAAUCACACAAGUAGUGGCAGCAGCAACAGCAUCCGUAAAAAGAAGGAGCGAGAUUCUGAUCGCGAUGUUGAUGGACAGCAUAGCCGACCUCGAGGAAGGGAGCUGGACCGGCAGCGUGAUCAUCGUGAACCAGUAGAGAACAGUCAGGACAUGGUGACUCGCAUCUACAGACAGGAACUGGAGAAACUGAAGCAAGCAGCAGACUCUGCUGGCAACAUGAAUGCCAGCAACAUGUACCAGCAGGAGCUUGAUCGUCUGGCACAGCAGCUCCACUACAAACAUUUACACGACGGGGCUGCUGUGGACCGACUGUCACAUAAUGGUAUCAGUAUCAAGUGCGAACCCCCUGACAGCACCUCAGAUGACACUGCAUCCCAGACUAUGUGUGGGCCCAUUGAUCUCAGCAGCAAACCUCACAGUACCUCUACCCAUUCAUCUUCUUCAUCCCCAACAGAGGGCAUGCCAAGCGAUUCCAGACAUGCUGGAAGUGCUUUUUUUCUUGUAAGGCCUCGUGUAAAUGGCCAUGACAGCGGAGGGGAAAGUCCACAAACACCAACUUCAGGAACACCAGUGGGAAGUGGAGGGGGUCUUCCAGAGUCAUUAUCGCCACUUCAGCGCAUGCAGAACAUUGCUAACUCCCUGACCUCGCGUCCUCAUUUGGGCAUGCCCAGUAAUAAGCCACUUCGGUCUGUGCUGCCCCCUAUUACGCAGGAGGAAUUUGACCGCUACUCCAAUAUCAACACAGAAGACUUGGUGAAGAAGGUCAAGGAGACCCUCAGCCAGUACUCCAUCAGUCAGCGCCUCUUUGGUGAGAACGUUUUGGGCCUCUCACAGGGCAGCGUUAGCGACUUGCUUGCUCGCCCAAAGCCCUGGCACAUGCUAACGCAGAAGGGACGGGAGCCAUUUAUUCGCAUGCAGAUCUUCCUCAGUGACACAGAAGCCAUACCAAAGCUGGUCUCUUCUCAAUAUCGCAUCCCUCCCGACAAGUUGAUGCGCAGCAAUUCUCGCUCUGAUGGAGACUCUCCCUCCAGUGAGCAGCCCACUUGUAGCCAUGGUAGUUCUUCCUUACCACCAUCACAACUGCCACCACCACCACCUCUUCCCCCUCCUCCACCACCGCUACCACCUCCACCUCCCCCUCCUCCCCUUGCUCCACCGUCGCCCAUUGGACCCCCAUCAUCUCUGCUACCACCACCGCCACCACCACCACCACGGCCGGAAAGUCUGACAUCAGUAGGGGGCCAGCACUUGCAGCACCCGAACCUCCAGCAGCAACAACAGCAGCAGCGCCAGUGGGGGUACUUUGCCUUCCCCUCCUCAAUGUUAGAGGUCCUGGCUAUGACAUCGGAAAUAGAAACUCUGUCCCUCACAGCACGUGUCAAGGACGUGCUGCAGUUCCACAACCUUGGCCAGAAGCUCUUUGGGGAGGCUGUGCUGGGCCUGUCCCAGGGUUCUGUCAGUGAGCUCCUGUCCAAGCCUAAACCUUGGCAUAUGCUGUCCAUCAAGGGCAGGGAACCCUUUAUCAAAAUGCACCUGUGGUUGAGCGACCCCCAGAAUGUAGAGCAGCUUAAGUACUACCAGAGUCAGAUCAAAGCACACAGACGAAGAAAAAGCAGUGCAGAUGAGCGAGGGUUUGACUCGCCAACACAACCAAAGCGUCCACGAGUGUUUUUCACAGAAGAGCAGAAAGAUGCACUUAGGGCAGCUUACCAGCAGGACCCUUACCCCAACCAAUCCACAAUUGAGCAGCUGGCCUCAGAUCUGGGUGUGGGCAUCAAGACUGUCAUCAACUGGUUCCACAACCAUCGCAUGCGAGCCAAACAGCAGCACCACUCUGGUGGCAGCGAUGGUGGGGAGUCGGGAGGUGCCACCAUCAAAUCGGAACCUGCAGAUGAAAGUUCCAACCAAAGUGACAUGUCCAGCAUAUCUGGUGACACGGCAUGUCAGCAGGCUGUAGGCAGCAGCAGCUGCUGCUGUUCUGCGACAGACGGAGACAAGCCAGUGGAUGUUCCCUCAGUUUGAGCCUGUACCCUUAUUGCACAGAAAGUCAUUGGAGGAAUGUGGUGUGGAGGAAGAGCCAGACAGGGAGGCUAGGGAGGACAAAUUGGAUGAGCCUGAUGGCUCAGCUGGAGGUGCUGCAAAGCAAAGAGAUGUUGCCUCUGGAGGAGGAAUGACAACUGACAAUCUGGUUUCGGCAGCUGGUCCACUGCUACCGCCACCUCCCACUACAGUCCCAGUGGCUGUGAACAAGAGGAAGAGGUCCAACCCUCAGCGUGUCUAUGAGGGAACACAACUGGACCGUACUCAGAUGCCCAGCAGCAACAGUUUGCUACCCCUUGAGAUUCCUGAAGGUGUUGGUGCCACAGAGGACACGCAGGAGCCCAGCACUAGCAGCCCCCAUCUGCCAGUCGCAACGUCCUCAGGGGAGAGCACCCAGGAUUCAGGAGACGAACCUGAACAGCUGGAAGACGGUGAAGAAAUCAGGUCUGAGCGAGAAGAGCGUAUCAAGAAGUUACAACAGGGACUGAGGAUGUCAACAGGUGACUGGGAGGAAGGGGACUCUGAAGGAUCGGCACAUGAUAGUGUUGAGAAGGUGCAGCGUCACAUGGACUCAAACUCUACCGACGAGGAGUGGGGGUUUUGAUGGCGUCCUCUUGCAAGAGGACCACAGACUCCUGAUCAGGGCAUAUAUAUAUUUAAAAAAAAAAAAAAAGAAAAAAUUUAAAAUGACUAGUGAUGUUCCAAACACAUUAGUCUGUUUCCUUGUUUGACUGUGCAUUGCAAGACUCAUUUCCACAGUCUUGCCAAAAAAAGGAAAAAAGAAAAAAUCUCUCACAGACAUUUGAGGGUAAAAUUUUCUAUUUUUAUACCUGUCACUUCAGAGUGAAUUAUUUUUAUCUUUUUCAUACUCUCUGCCACUCAAGUCAAGCAUGGAGCAUGCCUGCCUUUUGGUUACUGCAGUUAUAAAAGGCUGUUUGUACCUUGACUUGUGCUCAUGCAGACCAAAUGCUUGUUUACGGAUAAAUGUUCAUGGAUGAUACCCACUAGGAUGCUCAUGUGUUCUCAGCUGAUCUGUACUGAGAACUAUAUAUAGCUCUUGGCAUUUCAGGUUUAGAAACUUCAGUUUUUACCCUGCCACCAUAGAGAACACAAGCUGCCCCUACACCAGAGUUGUGGAUUUAACGCAUGUUUGCAUAUUGUCCAGAUUCUUGGCCAGUCAUGUUGAUGUUUCACUUAGUUGUGUGCAUAUUUGCACAAAUUGACGUCACGGCUUUUUUUUUUUUCAUUGCUAUGCAGCAGAAGAGUCCACUGGCUCAGAUUGAAAAUGUAGGUGUAAUUAAAAUGUGAAGUUCCCAGGCUAGUUUGACAGACUUGCUUUGCUGUGGCAAGAGCCAUUGAGAGUAGGGCAUACUAAUAAUGCACUAAGCUGCACACCAAAUAGGAGAUUAGUUUCUUAUUGGAAAGAAAAAUAUUUCUUCUUUUAAUGUUAGUCAUUGGAAUAAAAGAGAGAGUGUGUGUGUGCACACACAUACGUGCAUGCGCAUGAGCAUGCAGGCUGAAUGAGGCCUGCAGCAUUAAACAUGAACAGGGUUGGCUAUAAUUGUCCCAUGUUUGUGGGUAGAUGGAAAGAUAGUAGGGGUCAGCAGUAGAGUUUCUUUUUUUCAUGCAUGUUGUAAAACCCUCUGUAAUCUAAAUCCAUCCUCCUCCUUUUUUCUUUUUUUCUUUAUUUUUUUUUUUCAGCAAUAUGAGCAGCACUCUUCUCUGUAUUCUUUUUAUGCAUCUUGUCCUUGACUGGCCUAUACAUGCGCAGUAGACACCAGUGAACGUGGCAUUGCUUUAGUGUGCCAUUCACUUCAAAAAUAUUUGCACCAUGAACAUUCAGUUCUUGAGUUGUUUUGAUGCGUAAAGACUAUGGCAGCUAACUUCAGCUGAUGUCGUCUUGCCUCCUUCAUUAUGCACUCAGACCAUAUCUCACACUCUCCAGCCCCACUGAUUCAGUGAAGGCAUGGUCAUUUAUUAUCAGUGAAACAUACCGUAUUGGGCUUUUAGCCAUCUUGAUCUGAAUGUUUGUUUUAGUAAAUGGAUUGUUGACUUGUGGUUUAUGUGCCAUUCAUGUUAGAAGGGCUUCAUGCAAAGUGUUUACUUUGAUGAUGGCAUCUUUUAAAUUUGGGUUGUGGGGGAGGGAAUGGGAAAGUUAUUUUGAGGAUCCCUAAGAUGGAGACUUUUGCACAGUGUUCCUCUCUACCUCACUCUGACUAACUGAUUGUUAUCAAAAUCCAGCAGACAACUUGCAUGCCUUAGAAGGCACAACAGGGUCAGGAAACUUUUAAACACAUUCAGCAUUGAAUUUCUUUUUCUUCAACUCCUCACCACCCUCCACAACCAACCACUUUUUGUGUCUCUUAUAGAGCACUGAAAGUAAACCAUAAUUAGAUGCAAAGACUGCUAAAAUAUUAGUUGUUGAGAUUUUACUCACUGACAUUCUUAGGGUCAUUGUAAGCUGGGAAUUUUUCCUUUUGGAGGGGAGAAACAGUAAUUUUAUAGAACGCAGGCCAGAUUGCAUCCAUCAUAGCCUGUGAAAUUUGAGACAGUAAGUACUAUGAUGAUAUAAUGAUAGUGAAAUGUUGAAUGUACAGGAAGCAAAAAUGUUUACCAAUUGAUGUCUUUUUUAAGGUGCUAUAUUCUCUCUGCAUUUCAAUGACUGAAAUGUUUUAACGUUCAUUGGAGAUAUGUUAGUUUGUAAUUAGGGGCAUGUCAUAGUCAUAUAAAUUAAAAUAUCUCUCCCAGACAAUACCAAAAACAAAAUUACAAUUGACAAUAGAUGUAAAAAUUAUUGUGUAUGCAUAAUUGGAUUGUAAAUUUAAUUUAAAGUAAUACCACUUCAUACACAGAUGAAAAGCGUGUUUGAUGAUGUAUAUGAAGCAUAUGAGAACGUGUUGGAAUUGUAUGUUUGGGUCUUUUAAGCCAAGUUACUUAUUGUUAGGAACAAGACCAAAUUUUCUGUGAACUUCAUUGAUUGUCAAUUAAAAGAUUACAGAACAGUUUAGGUAAGAUGAUAUGGCUGAAAGUACUCAUCCUUUGAACUUUUCUAGAAACUGCAGGCUUAAAAAAACUUGUGCUAAUUUCUUGAAUGUAGAAAAGACAAACUUAACAUUUUUAUUGGGGUGGGUUGAAAUUAGCAUUUAGUCUCAUGUGUAUUAGAACUCCUAACACCUAUUAAGGGCAAAACUUUCAGGCCAGUGUUGGGUAGCGCUACCCAUAAGUUUUUCUGUAGAAACGUGUGAAGUUCUGUGCAGACAAAUACCUCAGCUGGAACAGGUCAAAUAUACACCUUCCCACCACCUGUAUCUGCGCAUUUUGUACAUUUUGUUUCUUUGUGUUGUCAUCUGAUACAGGAAUUUGCAUAGUCAGUUGGCACUGUGUCGUCAUUACUGACUGUAUUGGCAGUAGCCUUUAAAAUUAAACAAAUCUCAAGAAUUUUUUUUCCUUUAUGCAUACACUGUGGCAAUAGUUUGUGCAUUUAAUACACACUUGGCUGAACUGCAUUCAGUGUUCAGAGUCAGUAGUAAUGGAUUCUUAUUUUGGCAAAGUGCUUUCAUAUCGCUUAAUGUGUUCAGAUCAUUCUAAUGUUUUGGCUUUAAAAAAUUUUUUGUGUGCUGUUUUGCUGUGAAAUUUUUAUGUGUAGCAGUGUUCACUAGUGCCUGAUAGAUAAAUAUGUGCAAUGAGUUUACUGCCAGUCUACAAGUCUGCAGAUUUAGUUGCGCUUUAUGUUUGUAUUUGUGUUUGUGUUAAUAUGUUGCAUUUUGUAUGAUCAUUUCCCUCUAAUUCAAUGGAAAAAUGAUAUUACACUGGCUAAAAGUUUCAUUAUAAUAUGAUUCAUUUAUUCAGCAGGCAUUGAAACAGAUCAAAUUAUUGAAAUGCCAUUUCACUGAAGGAAAGCUGUUGAGUUGUGUCUGUUUUCUGUAUCUUCUCUUUUAGAGAAGACCUUCUGCUUUCUGUUGUUGGGAGACGAAGGGUAGUUACCAAGGGGACAAGGGAAAAUGUGCUAUAUUCAUGUGGUUAUAUAUAUAAAUAUAUAUAUAAAUAAUGUGUGUGUAUGUGCAAUAUCAUUCAUCUUGAAUUGUUCAUACUUUGAUGCUUGAACCACCUUAAGCUUGAGAAAAGUAGGCAGAAUAGUUUGACUGGAUCCAUAGUUUAUUCUGUAUUGGCUCAACAACAUGCAGACUUUAACUUGACGUGAAACACAGGGAUUUGGGAUAGUUUUAGAGGAAAUUUGCUAGGGCAUUUUCACAAAUUAUGGUUGUGAGUUUGAUUCAGUACCAAAACCUGUGAGGAGAUAUACAGUAGAUGGGGGUAUUAACAGGGAAAUGGCAGUGAUUUCUAGAUUUUUGUAACUUUAUUUGUUGGUACUUUUUAUGAAAAUUUUACAAACAUUUAGAGAGUUUAAGGUGUUAAAAUGGAAUACUCCUAGAAGGGCAUAACUUAGAAAGAAAUAACAAUAAAGAGCUUUAAUUUUGUUUAUUUUCUGGAUUUGUAGAAGUGUUCAAAGACAUACAUGCAUUUAACUGAUAAUAAGAAUCUGCAGAUAUUGCUGAUUUUUACUUUUAGAUUUUGAAGACCAAAUUAAUGCUUUUCAACAGAAUUUAUGUUUUCUAAAUUCUAGAAAGUUUGGCCAACAGAAAUGACAGCAGUGGAAAAUGUGCAAUAGUGUAAUUCUUGCAGCGUUGUGAAAAAGAAUGUUGUAUAAAGAGUGGUGGAUGCAAAAGAUUUACCCACCGUAAAUUCUUUACCAAAGGGUUUUGUGUACUUUUUUCCCAAUGUUUUUUUGCUUUUCAUGUUCCUUCAUUUAAAUUUUUUGUAUGUACAGUAUGUACAGCAUGUCCAUAUACACUUGUAACUGCAUUAAAAGGCAUAACUGUUAGUCAUACCAAUGCUCUUUUGUUUAUAGUACAGCACAAAACCAAGGUCUUGAGCGCUGUACUUAAGCUUGUGGCAUGCAUGUAUGUUCAUAUAAUUUUUUUGUUUACAAAAUAUCUUAUUUUUGCGAUGUGUUAAGCAUUCACACUUCAGUUCUAUAAAUAUGUUUUAAAUGCAUGUUAAUUACGUUGAGAUUUUAAGCAGAUUUCAUAGUGAAGAACAGGGCAAAUGAGCAGUCUUGCCAGUGUAUUUUGUAUGCGCCAGUAGAACUAUUGAGAGGACUGACACCAAAAAUAACUUUUACAUGCUUCAGACAAAGAAGAGGAUCUCUGUCUGUUUGCCUUCUGCAGACUGAAUGAUGUGCAAGCCACAGUCUAUGUCUUGAAUGAUUUUGGGAUGAUAAAUCCCAGAGAAGUGUCGAUGCUAUAGCUGUAGAGAAUCUGUGUUGUCCUUGAGUUCAGUUGUCUGCCUGUGUUUUGAGAACACAAAACUGUUAGAGCUUCCUAGCACAUCACCAAGUGCUAGAGUGGGUCUGGUGUGGAAGAGUACCAGUGGGCCAAAUUGAAUGAAAGAGGCAUGUGGUACAAACACAUCUGUUCAGCAUGCGGGCUCACUUUGUUCAUUGUGUGGGCUUGCUGUGUUCAGUGUGUGGGCUCGCUCUGCAGCCUGGUGCUUGCAGGUGUGCACAGGUGGUUGAUUUGUUCUGCUCUUGAUUCCAAGUACUUAAAUGGUUUGACCUGAUAUUUACCUUUUGAGGAGCAUAACUGAUUUAUAAUUUGUUUAGAUGACAUCUUGUUUCAGUACAUUGCCCAGAGUUCAUAUGUUGUGCCAGAAAUGAGAGGGGGGGAGAAGGGGGGGGGGAACACGAGGAAGUGCCUUAAUACUGCACGUUGUGGUGUCUUUGUCUAGUGUCAGAGGGCCGAUGCCCUUGGAACACAGUUUGCUCAUUUUUUUGUACAAGCCGCUAUGCGCACUCCCAUUCAAAUUCAUGUCAUGUUGCCUUUCUCUACCAGUUUGCAUGAUGAAUUUGACUAUGCCAUGUAAGUGGCCAAACAUUUUGCAGAAACAUGGCUGGUUGCCAAUAUGCUGGACCCCAAUCCCACUUCAGCAGGUUUUUCAUUUUUUUUUUGGUGCAGAACUUACUGCAGGGAUACUGAUUUUAGAAAUUCCUGUGGAUAAGUGUGGUUUACCCUUUGUCUGUGACUUGUGAAUAGCCUUUAAUAUCAUUUUUUAUGUUUUGUUUGUUUCAGUCUUUGUUUUUAAUGCUGCGAUUAAGAGAAAAAAAGAUUAUGGUCAUCUUAUGCUGCAAGCUCAGUAAUGUUUUUUAAAAAAAUGUGCCUUCCCUGCAUUUUGGUUUAAAACCAUUUUAAAGAUUUGUUAAUAUAAGGAUCAUGCACUGAAGUCCCAGCACCAGACAAAUUUUAUGUGAGGGUUAGUUUGACAUCACAAUUAACAGACACUUCUAGAAAUAUACACAAUGUUCUUUAUGAAUUAUUAAAGGGAUUUAUCACCUUCUACCAAGUAAAAGCACUUGCACAUUUCACUUUUUUGCAAUGUGAAACACUUUGCACCCAGAGCUUUAAGUAAGGGUGGGGAGAGGGUGUAUCUCAGUUUUCUCCAAAGGCUGACCCACCACAUCUCUUUUGAUGUAGCAGAUCUGAUCCCCCCUCCCUAUCCCCCGUUUUUGGUUCAUUUUCUGGAAGUAGCAAAGACUGGAAGUAACAGUAUGGACGCGCUUGUGGUGUUCAAGAAACAGGAGGAAAGCUUGGACUGCCACCUUCAUGCUGUAUCUUUACUUCUUCUUGCAAUUCCAUGCUUUGACCAUGAUCUGCCGGAGUAUAACCAAAGAAUUUUUAUAUAUUUUUAUAACAAUCGUGCUUUAAUUAACUUGGCCACUAUAGUAGAGCUUUUUGCCAUUCAUGUUAUGUACACUGACCUGUGUGUUUCAUUUGUCUGAUUGCUUUGAUUAGGCUCCUUCUCAACUUACACAUUUUGUGUUUCUUUUGUUGUUUUAAUAUUGCAUGGACAGUGGCAAACAACUGUGUUUUUAUGAAAGACUUUGUACAGGUAUUUUUCUGUUUCCAUACCCUUAACAGAGCUAAAGUACUUGAUGUACUGUGUUAUGUAUGUAGACAUUUAACUCUUUUGGCCUCAUUUGAUGUAAAGAAUUGUAAUACUGUGCAUUUUUGUUAAUACAGCAUGGUGAGAAUCUGGCAAGAAUUUGGCUUAACCUUACAACUGUGUCUUGUUUCCAUGUCUUUUCUCCUAUUGCUCCUUCAGAGAGACUGAAAAACCUAUGCAAUCUUUUGCAACUUCGGGACAGUAUACUCCAACUUCAAAUCCUUUCUUCUUUUCUCUUUCCAAAUUUUUCAGAGUAGGUUAUACAUAUGUGCAUGUGUGUGUUAAUGUAGGUGUCUGUAGGUCAGUGCCUGCGUUUGCAGCCACGGAUACACACACUCUUGCACAUACAGUCCCUGUGUAUAUUAACCUUGAAAGAAUCAGACCUCUCAAGUUUGUGAGCUUUGUAAACAGAAUUUUUAAUAUCUAAGGAUGUGUUCAUUGACUCGAAGCACCUUGUCUCCCAGAUUUCCCCUCCCAAUUUUUAAACAAUUUUUUUAUCUUGUUAGCGGUGUAUUUUUAACUGUUCUCAUCCUGUCUUAGAGUAUGCCAGAUUUGUUGAUACCUUUAUAUCAUGCAGAUAUUUAACCUUGCUAUCCAAGUGGAAAAGAAGACAUUCUCAGUUAUUUUGCAGUCACAACUUCUUGAUAUUUCUAGCAUGUGUUAUUUUGUGCUCACUCUUUAUAUUCUCUUCUUUAGGGAAAAAAAAUCAUUUUCUUAAGCAUGUAUCUCUAUUGUGCAUUUAUAUCAUAUUUCAGAUGAACACAAUGUACUUGGUAUCUAGUCCUCAACUGUUAAAAAAAGUGCAUUUAUAACAUUUUUCAUAGGUGCUUCAAACAUGUUAAUAAAUAUAUAUGCAAGAUGA